GCAAUUAUUUAGAGUGGACUGUUUGGGCUCUGUAAAAUCUGGGCCGAAGCCAAACCAAUGAAGCCUGCUUCAAUCUCCGUCGUUUUCACGAAAGGGCGCCGAGAAGCGAAAUUUCGAUUUUUUUCCCCAGCAAAACUCUGGACAGUUCAGACUAAAGCUGCAGGAAGAAGUGAAGAGAAGAAAGGGCGAAUUGGCAAUGCAAAUUCUGAGAUGAGCUCUAAAGAGAACUGUAGGAAUGAACUUCGAACUGCGAUUCGCCAACUCAGCGAUCGUUGUCUUCACCCUGCGGCGAAAUGGGCAGCUGAGCAGCUUGUAGGAAUUGAGCAAGACCCGGCUAAGUUCACGCCUGCAAACACCAGAUUCCAGCGAGGAAGCUCGAGCAUCAGACGGAGAUUUCGAACUAAUGAGAUAGCUUCCGCCACGCCUCUCACGCCGCUUGCCGGUGUUUCAUAUGUUUCCACUCCAGUAAUGGAAGAAGACGAGGCAGUGGAUAACGAUUUCUACCUUCUGGGAAAAACCUACUUCGACUGCCGGGAGUAUAGACGGGCUGCCCAUGCUCUCCGAGACCAAACUGCGAAGAAAUCAGUUUUCUUGCGUAAUUAUGCUCUUUUCCUCGCGGGAGAAAAGCGCAAAGAAGAAGAAUCAAUUGAACUAACAGGGCUGGGAAACAGUGAACCCACGAACUGUGAGCUGAUCACCAUUGAAAGGGAAUUAUCAACCCUUCGGAAGAAUGGCACGAUCGACCCAUUUGGGUUGUACUUGUAUGGUCUUGUGCUCAAAGAGAAAGGUAACCAGAAUCUUGCUCGAAUGGUGCUUGUGGAAUCUGUGAACUGUUACCCUUGGAACUGGAGUGCCUGGUCAGAGCUACAAGCACUAUGUUCAACUCCUGAGAUCUUGAAUGGUCUCAACCUCAGUAAUCACUGGAUGAAGGACUUCUUCCUUGCCAGUGCUUACCAAGAGCUCAAAAUGCACAAUGAAUCCCUGGUCAAAUAUGAAUAUCUACAAGGAACUUUCAGUUUCAGUAACUAUGUUCAAGCUCAAAUUGCUCAAGUGCAGUAUAGUUUAAGGGAAUUUGAACUAGUCGAGGUGAUAUUUGAAGAAUUAUUGCGAAACGAUCCCUAUAGAGUGGAAGAUAUGGAUAUGUACUCCAAUGUGUUGUAUGCAAAAGAGUGUUUCUCAGCCCUAAGUUAUCUUGCUCAUAGGGUAUUCAUGACGGAUAAGUAUCGCCCUGAAUCUUGUUGCAUUAUUGCCAAUUACUACAGCUUAAAGGGACAGCAUGAGAAAGCAGUCACCUACUUUAGAAGGGCACUGAAGUUGAACAAAAACUAUCUUACUGCUUGGACGCUUAUGGGGCAUGAGUAUGUCGAAAUGAAAAACACCCCAGCUGCUGUUGAUGCCUACAGAAGGGCAGUGGACAUCAACCCCCGUGAUUAUCGAGCUUGGUAUGGUCUAGGGCAAGCAUACGAGGUGAUGGGAAUGCCUUUCUAUGCCCUUCACUAUUUCAAGAAGUCGGUCUUCUUGCAGGCGAAUGAUGCCCGGCUGUGGAUAGCCAUGGCCCAGUGCUAUGAAACAGAGCAGCUCCAGAUGCUGGAGGAAGCAAUCAAGUGUUAUAAGAGAGCUGCAAGCUGUGGUGACAAGGAAGCCAUUGCCUUGCAGCAGUUGGCCAAGCUGCACCGUGAACUUGGCCGGUUUGAAGAAGCGGCCUUUUACUACAAGAAGGAUUUGGAGAGGAUGGAAGCUGAGGAGAGGGAAGCACAGAAUAUGGUCGAAGCACUGUCGUUUCUUGCUGAGCAUUGCAGAGAAAUGAAGAGAUAUGAAGAAGCAGAGGUGUACUGUGCUCGUCUUAUGGAUUAUGGUGGCCCGGAGAAAGAAACAGCGAAGAACAUACUGAGAGGAAUAAGGGGUGACACCAGUUUGCCAUCAAUGGACGUUGACCAUUUCCGUCCUUGAUCUUUGUCUCUCUUGGAUUGACAAGCUGAAUCGAAAUGUUUUGCUCUUCUGGAAUCCAGUACUUUUGCCAUUUGAAUCUACCAUUCAAAAAUUUCAAUGUCAAUGUCUGAUGCUGGUCUGUUUGAUGUAUCACUAUCAUGUCCAUUCAUGAUAGAUUGGUAUAGAAGCAUCAUAUUUCCUUGAAACAUAGUCACACACCGUUGGUCCUAGUUUUGCUAUAUCCUUCCUGCCUUUACACAUUAAUUGGUCAAACUCAUUAUUUUUUAUGACAAAUAGCUAAGGUUUGUUUCAAUGUAUUUGUAAAUGGUUACUGUUUAUCUCAACUUCAUGUUAUGCUUAUGAUCUAUCACAUCUUCAAAACGAAAGAAGGGUAUUUGAUUUCAUCAUUUCCAAGAUCGGAGUCGUUGACACUACCUCCGUCUUGCGGGGGCGUAUUAGAGAUAUAUGAAUUUUCAUUUAUUUAUUUUUUCCAUUAACGUUCAGUUCCUAUCUUGGUGGGAGGUGCACAAUAAGUCUGUUGCUAAGUG